CCCCCCCCUUUUUUUUUUUUUUUUUCCUCUUUUCUCUCCAAAAAACAUGGCUGAAGCUGGGACGGGCUUUUUGGAACAGCUCAAGUCGUGCAUCGUCUGGUCGUGGACUUACCUCUGGACGCUGUGGUUCUUCAUCAUGCUGUUCCUGGUGUACAUCCUGCGGGUGCCGCUGAAGAUCAAUGACAAUUUGAGCACAGUGAGUAUGUUUUUGAACACAUUAACCCCCAAGUUCUAUGUUGCCCUGACAGGCACAUCCUCAUUAAUCUCGGGACUUAUUUUGAUCUUCGAGUGGUGGUACUUCCGCAAGUACGGCACCUCCUUCAUCGAGCAGGUCUCGGUGAGCCACCUGCGCCCCCUGCUGGGCGGGGUGGACAACAGCGCGCCCAGCGCCGCCAGCGCCGCGGGCGGGGACGCGGACUCGAGCCGCCAGAGCGUCUCAGAAUGCAAAGUCUGGCGAAAUCCUUUAAAUCUGUUCAGAGGAGCUGAAUAUAAUCGGUACACAUGGGUAACAGGGAGAGAACCUCUGACUUACUACGACAUGAAUCUUUCGGCACAGGACCAUCAGACAUUCUUUACAUGUGACACAGAUCAUUUACGGCCUGCAGAUGCUAUAAUGCAAAAAGCCUGGAGAGAGAGAAACCCUCAAGCCCGAAUUUCUGCAGCACAUGAAGCUUUGGAAUUGAAUGAGUGUGCUACUGCUUAUAUUCUCUUAGCUGAAGAGGAAGCAACAACAAUUGUAGAAGCAGAGAAGCUGUUCAAGCAGGCUCUGAAAGCUGGGGAGGGCUGUUACAGGCGCAGUCAGCAACUACAGCACCACGGUGCCCAAUAUGAAGCCCAACACAGAAGGGACACCAAUGUGUUAGUAUAUAUUAAAAGAAGGCUGGCAAUGUGUGCAAGGAAACUGGGAAGGACCAGGGAAGCAGUGAAGAUGAUGAGAGAUUUGAUGAAGGAGUUUCCCCUGCUCAGCAUGUUCAACAUCCACGAAAACCUGCUAGAGGCUUUGUUGGAACUGCAAGCCUAUGCAGAUGUCCAGGCAGUCUUAGCAAAGUAUGAUGAUAUAAGUUUACCAAAAUCAGCAACAAUAUGUUACACAGCUGCAUUGCUCAAAGCCAGAGCUGUCUCUGACAAGUUUUCUCCAGAGGCUGCCUCAAGGCGAGGGCUGAGUACUGCAGAGAUGAAUGCAGUAGAAGCUAUUCACAGAGCAGUAGAAUUUAAUCCACAUGUGCCAAAAUAUCUACUAGAAAUGAAAAGCCUAAUUCUGCCCCCUGAACAUAUUCUGAAGAGAGGGGACAGUGAAGCAAUAGCAUAUGCUUUCUUUCACCUUCAGCACUGGAAAAGAGUAGAGGGGGCAUUGAACCUCUUACACUGUACAUGGGAAGGCACUUUCAGAAUGAUCCCCUAUCCACUGGAAAAAGGACAUCUUUUCUACCCUUAUCCUAUUUGUACAGAGACUGCAGAUAGAGAACUACUACCAUCAUUUCAUGAGGUUUCAGUUUAUCCCAAGAAAGAGCUUCCCUUCUUCAUCCUCUUCACUGCUGGACUCUGUUCUUUCACAGCCAUGCUUGCCCUCCUGACACAUCAGUUCCCAGAGCUUAUGGGAGUCUUUGCAAAAGCUUUUCUCAGCACCCUCUUUGCCCCUUUAAAUUUUGUGAUGGAAAAAGUAGAAAGUAUCCUGCCCUCCAGCCUGUGGCACCAGCUGACAAGGAUCUGAGGGAGCAUGCCUGCUGACUGACUGCCAUGACAUCUUCUGUGCCAACUUUUUGUUGACCACAAGAAAGCAUGAUAAAAAAGGGAAGCAGUUAUAAGACUUAAAAACUCUUCAUGGAUUGUCUGUUCUCAUAUAAAAACUGUUUUGUUGUACAAAAUACAUUGAUGUUAAGUUCUAUUAUAUUUUGCCUUCA